GAAUCCCACUAACCGAGCUCCACAAUCCUCCUCCUCUCGUCUUUCUUUAUAAACAACAUGUAACUCAGUUCUGAAGGGUAUACAGAUUAAUCCCUUAUUCUACUUGAUAGAAGAAGAGGAUGGCAUCAAGGAGAAUUCUCAAGGAACUUAGGGACAUCCAGAGAGACCCUCCAACUUCAUGUAGCGCAGGUCCUGGGGCGGGAGAUAUGUUCCAUUGGCAGGCAACCAUAAUUGGACCAAGUGACAGCCCUUACUCUGGUGGUGUUUUCCUAGUAACUGUUCAUUUUCCUCCUGACUAUCCUUUCAAGCCACCAAAGGUUGCCUUCAGGACAAAAGUCUUCCACCCAAAUAUAAACAGUAAUGGCAACAUAUGUUUAGAUAUCCUCAAGGAGCAGUGGAGUCCUGCGCUCACUAUAUCAAAGGUCUUACUUUCUAUAUGUUCCUUAUUGACGGACCCAAACCCGGACGAUCCACUUGUCCCCGAGAUCGCACAUAUUUACAAGACUGAUAAACUCAAGUACGAGACGAUGGCACGUAGCUGGACUCACAAGUAUGCCAUGGCUUGAUUCAUAAUCUUCAACCACCCCCACGGAAAAUAAACCGUCUUUCCUUCCUAUCGUUCUCUUGUAUGUCACUGAAGCUAACCCCGGCCCCUACAAUUUGUAUUCUCAAAUCCCAAUCAAUAUAAUAAUAAUGUCAUUUAA